AUGGGCUCUGGCACGAAAGGGUUACGCAGGAUUGUACGAUACGAAUAUCGGUUUCUAUUAGGAGCAAAUACCAAAACUGAUAUUCGUUUUGAACUUCCUCAUUUAAAUAGAGAUAUGCAAUUAUAUUAUAAACCAGAUGUACUUAUUACCUGUGAUAAACCUUCUUCAAUCAAAAUUCCAUUAUUAAAAGAGGUAUUUGAACAUUAUCCAACAACGCCUAUCAAUCUGGAUGUCAAAGUCGAUGAUAAUAGACUUAUUCAUAAUAUAUCCGAAUUAAUUAAAGAAUACAAACGCGAACAUUUGACGUAUUGGGGAAGUUUUAGUCAUUUAAUUUGUAAAAAAUUAGAUAAAGAAAAUCCUCGUAUUGUUCGAUUUUUUUCAUUGAAAGAAGCCGCUUAUUUAGUGUUCGCAUUUUGGACUGGUUUACUACCAUUUCUGUCAUUGAAACCAGGUGCAUUCGAAAUUCCAUUUCCUGGAGAAGUAUUUCAAGAAACAACACGAGCUUUGGACAGAAAAUUUAAAACCAUCUUAUAUUUAGUUGAGAAAGCUCUGCACAAUAAAUCGUUAUUUCAGUAUUUGAAACGAAGAGGAAUACCAGUAUAUGUGUGGAUAUUAAAUAAUGAAAAUGAAUUCGAACAUGCAUUUAACGAAGGAGCAACUGGUGUAAUGACUGAUUAUCCAUCCCGUUUAUCUCAAUAUGUAAAAAACAAUCAAAAUAAAAUUUUUAAAAAUGAUUUUGAAUUAGAAACAGUUGAAUAG